AGCCUGGUUGGCAGCUGCAGCGCAGAGUCCAGCCGCUGGUGCGCGGAGCGGUUCUCGGUCUCCGGAGCGGUUCGGCCCAGCCAGCUUUUCGCCUAGGCGCCCAGGCCCGGUGCGCGCGUGCGUGAGCGCGCCUGCGCCGCCGGGGCCGCUGCAAGGGGAGGAGAGCGGCCGCCUCAGGAGGAUCCCUUUUCCCCCAGAAAUUAAUCAAUGCUGAAAUCUUCCAAAGUGAUAUUAGAGACGUUGGAAGCACCAUGGAUGGAUUUUAUGAUCAGCAAGUCCCUUUUAUGGUCCCAGGGAAAUCUCGGUCUGAGGAAUGUAGAGGGCGGCCUGUGAUUGACAGAAAGAGGAAGUUUUUGGACACAGAUCUGGCUCAUGAUUCUGAAGAGUUGUUUCAGGAUCUCAGUCAACUUCAAGAGGCUUGGUUAGCUGAAGCACAAGUUCCUGAUGAUGAACAAUUUGUCCCAGAUUUUCAGUCUGAUAACUUGGUGCUUCAUGCCCCACCUCCAACCAAGAUCAAACGGGAGCUGCACAGCCCCUCCUCUGAGCUGUCGUCCUGUAGUCACGAGCAGGCUCUUGGUGCUAACUAUGGAGAAAAGUGCCUCUACAACUAUUGUGCCUAUGAUAGGAAGCCUCCCUCUGGGUUCAAGCCAUUAACCCCUCCUUCCACCCCGCUGUCACCCACCCAUCAGAAUUCCCUGUUUCCCCCACCUCAGGCAACUCUGCCCACCUCAGCCCCUGCAGCUGGCCCUGUACAAGGUGUGGGCCCCACCCCGCACUCGCUUCCAGAGCCUGGACCACAGCCGCAAACAUUUGCGGUCCCCCGGCCACCACAUCAGCCCCUGCAGAUGCCAAAGAUGAUGCCUGAAAACCAGUAUCCAUCAGAACAGAGAUUUCAGAGACAACUGUCUGAACCCUGCCACCCCUUCCCUCCUCAGCCAGGAGUUCCUGGAGAUAAUCGCCCCAGUUACCACCGGCAAAUGUCAGAACCUGUUGUCCCUGCAGCUCCCCCACCCCCUCAGGGAUUCAAACAAGAAUACCAUGACCCACUCUAUGAACACGGGGUCCCAGUCAUGCCAGGCCCCCCAGCACAUGGGUUCCAGUCACCAAUGGGAAUCAAGCAGGAGCCCCGGGAUUACUGCGUUGAUUCAGAAGUGCCUAACUGCCAGUCAUCCUACAUGAGAGGGGGUUAUUUCUCCAGCAGCCAUGAAGGUUUUUCAUAUGAAAAAGAUCCCCGGUUGUACUUCGAUGACACUUGUGUUGUGCCUGAGAGACUAGAAGGCAAAGUCAAACAGGAGCCCACCAUGUAUCGGGAGGGGCCCCCUUACCAGAGGCGAGGUUCACUUCAGCUGUGGCAGUUCCUGGUCACCCUUCUUGACGACCCUGCCAAUGCCCACUUCAUCGCCUGGACAGGCCGAGGCAUGGAGUUCAAGCUGAUAGAACCAGAGGAGGUUGCCCGGCGUUGGGGCAUCCAGAAGAACCGGCCAGCCAUGAACUACGACAAGCUGAGCCGUUCUCUGCGCUAUUACUACGAAAAGGGCAUCAUGCAGAAGGUGGCUGGGGAACGAUACGUCUACAAAUUUGUCUGUGACCCAGAUGCCCUUUUCUCCAUGGCUUUCCCGGACAAUCAGCGUCCGUUCCUGAAGGCGGAGUCUGAGUGCCACCUCAACGAGGAGGACACCCUGCCCCUGACCCACUUCGAGGACAACCCUGCUUACCUCCUGGACAUGGAUCGCUGCAGCAGCCUCCCCUAUGCUGAAGGCUUCGCUUACUAAGUUUCUGAGUGGCUGAGUGGCCAAACCCUAGAGCUAGCAGUUCCCAUUCAGGCAAAUGAGGGCAGUGGUUUUGUUUGUGUUUUUGGCUGUUCCUAACGCUUGCCCUUCGAGUAUUAUCUGGAGAACCUAAGCCGUCUCUGGAUUGGCACCCUUAAAGACAGACACAUUGGCUGGGGAGUGGGAACAGGGAGGGGCAGAAAACCACCAAAAGGCUGGUGCCUCAACUCUGACUCUGAUGAGGUUUCUGGGAAGAGAUCAAAAUGGAGCCUCCUUACCGUGGACAAUAUAUGCAAAGCAAUACCUUGUUCAGAUUAGUACCCACAAAAUGGGACAGAGUGUGUGACAAUCUGCAUUGAUCACGGACUACUAAAUGCCUUUACACAGAAGGGCUCUGAUUUGCACAAUUUAUUGAAAAAGAAGUCACAAACCCAUAGAAAAGUAGGUAGGCUAAGCUGGGGAGGCUCAAACCAUUAAGGGUUAAAAAUAUAUCUAGAAAUUUGGAGAGCUCUUCCAGCUCAAUCUGAAAUGUCUCCCCUUGGUCUAGAGAAAAGGGGGGCAGUCAGAACAGCUGUUACCCACUCCAUGGUUCUCAAAUCAUAAACCAUUGCUAUCCUUGGGAACCUUCCGGCCAUGUGAUCACCAAAUAGAGCAAGUACCCUUUCUCUUCCUAAUCACAUGGCUGAGUGUGGAUGGCUUUCAUUUUAGGAGAAGGGCGAUUAACACUUUUGACAGUAUUUUGUUUUGCCUUGAUUCGGGGGAUCGUUUUGUUUUGGUGGUUGUUUUGGAAAAACAGUUUAUAAACUGAUUUUUGUAGUUUUGGUAUUUAAAGCAAAAAACAAAAAACAAACCUUUUGGUAACUGUGCACUGUGUCCUUUAGCCAGGGCCGUGCCGACUUACAAAGACACUGCAGCUUGAGAGGGGCUUUGCUGGGGGCUUCCCCUUAGCCGUGUAAAAGCCCGCUUUGUUGCCUGCUUAGUGCUUUCUGCACCAGACAAACUGAUGGAACAUUUGCACCUGAGUUGUAAAUUUUUGAAGUGUGCAGGGCAGCCUGGACACAACCUUAGAUUCUCUGUGUAUAGUUCCCCAUGUUCACUAACAUGCCCUCUCUGGAAAGCAUAUGUACAUAACACAUGUCAUGUCCAUUGGAAACCUGGUCACCUGAUGAGAACCCUGGGGAUUCUUCCCUGGGCAUGACUGAUGACAAUUUCCAUUGCAUCAGUUUGUUUUGUUUUCCUUUUUCUUUAAAUCUUGGACUUUAAACCCUACCUGUGAUUCAGUAGGGUUUGAGACUUACGUGUGACACUGACAGGUAAAACAGUGCUAG